CCGCCGCUCUGGCCGACGGCCAGCCAUCGAGUCACUGCAAAUCGCGCAUCCCGGCUGCACAAUAAGGUCCCUCCAUGCCAGCCGUCUACGUCCGGAACCGGCUUCGCGCCGCCUCCGUGUGGGGCCUCGAGGCGCUCGUCCGCCGGUCUGAGCCCGCCUACGAGAGGCAGGCCGUGCUGCGAGUUGCUGCGCGACCUUGGGACCCUGCGCCCUGCGGAGCCGCCAACGCCGUGGCGCAUCCGGACGUGGGCGGCCUCUGGUUCAUGCGACAGGCGGUUCCGCCCGCCGCCGUCGCCGCCAUACGCGCGCUGGUGGAGGCGGCGGUCAGCGCACCGCGCAAUCGAGGCGUCCACGCGCAGGUCGAGGCGGCGGGACGCGAGGUGGCCGCGCUCCUCGAGGCUGCCUGCAAGCAGCCGGCAGGCUCGGAGGCGUUUAUCGAGGCGCACGAGCAAGCCGCGGAGGCGAUGCGCCGGCGCGACGCCUUGCGCGCCGCCGCCGCGCAGCUGCCCGCGCCGCCGCCUCCCAAGCGCACUCCGCGCGAGUGGGAGUGGUACGAGUUUGAGCCCGGCCGGUGGAUGGCGCCGAUGCUGGCGCACCCGGCGGACGGCGGCAUCGCGUCGCUCGCAGCGCGGCGGCGGCACCUCUCUAACUUUGAGGUCUUCGGAGACGCGCCCGUCGACGAGUGGCUCUGCCUCGCAUCGCUGCAGGAGGGCACCGCCGCCGGCUCCGCCGAGCGAAGAGGGUGCGAGUGGCUCCGCUGGCUGCAGCGCGAGCUGCCCAGGCGGCUCCCGUGCGUCGGAGCCGUCGACGAGCCGCUCGCCGUCUUCCACCAGCUGCAGUACCUGCAGCGCGGAUGCGCAAUCUCUGCGCACGUGGACGCGCCGACGCCUCCCGCGGACGUCGUCGCCACCCUCUCGCUCGGCACGGGCCUGCACGACACGGUGCGGGUCGGGUCAGCGCGGGUCAGGCUGCGGCCGGGUGACCUGUACGCGAUCGCCGGGCCUGCGAGGUGGGAGGAGACGCACGAGGUCCACCCGAGCACCUCGGACCGGCUCUCGCUCACCGUCCGCUUCGCGAGCCAAAGCGAACUUCAAAACUGCUAGCUCUGGCUGGGGGAGAGCGAGAGGGUAGAUACGUAGAGCGGAGAAUCAGGUGCAGGGGACACGGACGAGGGAGCGAGGCAGAGAGGGAGAAACUCCCCCCCCCUGUGCCCUGAUCUCUGAGGACAUGUACAUGUUGUUGUUGUGACUUGUAUAAUGUUGAGCGCUCUAUACCGAGCGCUCUAUACCAUCAUAGUACAUAUAG